AUGGCCGCCGCCUCCGCCGCCGCCCCGGCCCCCGGCCCGGCCCUCCUCACCGCCCAGCAGGCCAAGGCCGUCCUGGCGGAGGUGGUGGAGGCCUUCGCCGCCCCGGAGAACGCCGUCCGCAUGGACGAGGCCCGCGACAACGCCUGCAACGACAUGGGCAAGAUGCUGCAGUUCGUCCUGCCCGUCGCCACCCAGAUCCAGCAGGAGGUCAUCAAGGCCUACGGCUUCACGGGGGACGGAGAAGGAGUGCUGAAGUUCGCCCGCCUGGUGAAGUCGUACGAGGCCCAGGACCCGGAGAUCGCCAGCCUGGCGGCGCAGCUGAAGGCCCUGUUCCUGCCCCCGAUGACGCCGCCCCCGCCGCCCCCUCCGCCCCCGCCGCCGCCGCACGGGAGCGGGGCCGCUGGGGCCACCGGCAGCGUGGCCGCGUCCUGACCGCCUCCGGCCCCGGAGAAUAAACGCCGCUGUCGCUUCGUC